AUGACAACGCGCCCUCUAGAGUGCAGAACCUUUUGUGUUCUUGUUUUCUGGAACACUGUUCAUAACAAAGUCAGAAACGUAGAGAAGCGUUGGUUGCCGAUCAUUGUUGUGAACUGUGUGACUUGUGAAGAGAGUGAGAGGAAUCCACUUAUUCGCCACUUCUGCCUCUUUAAUCCACGUUAUGAAUGCGGGCAAGUUGGCCUUUGGUGCGCCGGGGGGCCCGCCGCAACCGCGCCCUGUGGGGAGCGGUGUGGCUCCGCCCGGGUUCGUCCGCCACCGGGCCCGCCGCCGCCGGGCUACGCUAGUCCGCGCGCCGGUCAGCCUUCGGGCGGCGGCGCUGGGGUGAGUGGCCCACCGGGCAGUGCUGGACGAGGUCCCAUGGCUGGCCCGCAAAUGGUAGCGUUGCCGCACAGGGGCACGCCGGGCACACCGGGCACGCCGGGAGGCCCAAUGGGUCCUCCUCCUCCCGGUUCCAAACGCCCAGCUCCGCCCCAUGGGGGCGGGCACCCGGGGGGUCCCAUGCCCAAUCCCGCCAAAAGCGCCAAGAAGAAGAAGAAACUGGCCGACAAGAUCUUGCCCCAAAAAGUCCGAGAACUCGUGCCCGAAUCUCAGGCGUACAUGGAUCUACUGGCAUUUGAGCGCAAAUUGGACUCGACCAUCAUGCGGAAACGUCUGGACAUCCAAGAGGCCUUGAAGCGGCCCAUGAAGCAAAAGCGCAAACUCCGCAUCUUCAUCUCCAACACGGCUUUUCCCGCCAAAGAAAGCGGCGAGAACGGCGAAGAGCCCACCACAGCCUCAUGGGAACUGCGUGUCGAAGGCCGCCUCAUUGACGAGGACAAGAAGGCUGAUCCGACCAAGAGCAAGCGGAAGUUCUCGUCGUUCUUCAAGUCGUUGGUGAUCGAGCUGGACAAGGACUUGUAUGGACCGGACAAUCAUUUGGUGGAAUGGCACCGAACGCCCACUACUCAGGAGACCGAUGGGUUUCAGGUGAAGAGGCCUGGUGACAAGAACGUGCGCUGCACGAUCCUCCUCCUUUUGGACUACCAACCCCUUCAGUUCAAGCUGGACCAGCGUUUGGCACGACUUCUGGGCGUGCACACUCAGACCCGACCGGUCAUUAUCUCCGCCCUGUGGCAGUACAUCAAGACCCACAAACUCCAAGACGCGCAUGAGCGUGAGUUUGUCAAGUGCGAUCCGUACCUUCGACAAAUCUUUCAAACCGAACGGAUGAAGUUUGCCGAGAUCCCUCAGCGACUCAAUCCGUUGCUCCAUCCUCCAGAUCCGAUUGUGAUCAACCAUCUGAUCACGGUGGAGGAUUUGCGCGGUCCGGAUCAGAAGAAGACGGCAUGCUACGACAUCGAUGUGGAAGUGGACGACACGCUAAAGACCCAGAUGAACAGCUUCCUGCUCUCCACGGCGUCUCAGCAGGAGAUCCAAGGCUUGGACUCCAAGAUCCACGAGACCGUGGACACGAUCAACUCCAUGAAGACCAAUCGCGAGUUCUUCCUCAGCUUUGCCAAGGACCCACAACUAUUCAUCAACAAAUGGCUCAUGUCGCAAUCCAGAGAUUUGAAGACCAUGACGGAUGUGGUGGGCAAUCCAGAGGAGGAGCGUCACACCGACUUCUACUACCAACCUUGGGCACAAGAGGCGGUUUGUCGGUACUUUUACCAGAAGAUCCAACAGAAGCGUGCCGAGCUCGACUCGGCCUUAGGCAUUCGAGCCUCUUAAAGAAGACCAGCCAGCCUAUCAACCCAUCCAUCCAUCCAUCCAUCAAUUGCCGACUCGUAAUGGGCAGGCAAAGUGGUGGAGGAUCGAUCAAUCUGUAAUUAUUAUCAGUAUCAGGGGCAAUAAUUCCCUUGGGGCCCGUGUUCCAUGUAGAAAUAGACUCAAUCGGCAACAAUAAAAUGGUGUUCUUCAAGA